GAGCGAGAAGGAUAUGGAGAAAGAAAGAUUCGGGGGUCCGGUGAUCGUAGCAAUGAAGGGUCCCCCUUGCUCGGGCAAGAGCACCCUUGCCCAAAAAAUAGCAAAAGAAUUGAAAUACCUUGUUAUUUCCCAAGAUCAUUGCAUCACACACCUCCAACAAAAGCCCAUGAUCACCACCACCACCACCGCCGCGGCCGCCGCCGACAUUCAGCACCUCUACGAUCUAUCCUUUUCCAUCAUUUGCCAAAUUGCUCAGACCCAGCUCUGCCUAGGCCACAGACUCAUCAUUGACGCCUCACUCCAUCUCCGAUCCUAUCUCGAAAACUUGCACAAACUCUCAAUAUCCACCGGAGCUCGUCUCAUCAUCGUCCAGUGCAAACCACAAAAGAAGUAUGCUUGGGUUCAGCGCCAUCUUAAACGAGUUGAAGACAAAAAAACAAACUGGUACAAACCACGAACAGAGGAAGAUCUCGAGAGGUUAGUCAAGUUAUACGACGAUGAGUGGUUAAUUAAUGAUUAUGAUUACAAUAAUUACAUUGCAGAGAAGGCUUCAAAGCUCGUGGUCGAUACCACUGGUCAUGUCAGGGAUUGGGAUCUUACUUCUGGCGUUAAAUAUCUCGCCUCCUGUCAUGGCUAUCAGAAAAUGGAUUUGGAGAAAUGGGUGAACGAUAUUUGGAAGAAAGUCGAUGGCGCUCUUUGGAAGAAAGAUGAAGAAGAAGAAGAAGAAGAAGCAAAGAUUGAUACAUACAUAGAAAAAGACGAUGACGAAGAGAAGAGGCAUCUUCACAAAUUAGUCCUUACUACUGAUUACAAGCCAGCGAGCAAUGAUGAUGACAAAGAGACUUGCAGGGGUUGUAUGGAACUGAUAUCGAACCCAUCGUAUUACAAAUGCGGAGAAUGUAAUUGCAGCCUCUCUCUUCACAAACAUUGUGCCGAGUUAACCCACAUCAAUGAACUACAACCACUUGUUAAUUGCCCUGGAAUUGAAUACUCUUCUUUUCCAGAGAAGCACAGGUGUGACACCUGUAACAACAAUGAAGAAGAAGAAAAAGAAGAAGAAGAAGAAGAAGAAGAAGAAGAAGAAGAAAAUGAUGACUACGAUGAGUGUCCUGAGUGCCUCUUCGAAACCAACCUCCGAUGCGGUAUGUUUCCUUCUGUUCUACACCAUAAUUGCCAUGAACACCCACUUUGUAUCAAGACCUAUCCGAUUUCAUUUGCGUUCGAGUUUAAAUGCAAGGCCUGUGGCAAUCUUGGCAAGCAUGUCUGCUAUUGCUGCGAGGUCUGUGGUUUUGUGACUCAUCUCCAUUGUGGUUUGUUGCCAAAAACCUUUAAACACACAACUCAUAGACACACUCUCUCCCUCACUCCUACCCUUCCACAUGAUGAAUAUGAGGAAUUCUACUGCGACGCUUGCGAGAAACCAAGAAAUCCAAAUCAUUGGAUCUAUUACUGUGACAAAUGUGAAUUUGCUUGUCACUUAAAUUGUGAUGCAUGAGUUAGUUAUGGGGCAUAAUAAACGUAUGCUUGUGUUGUGUGAUUAAUUUGCUUGAAUUCAAUUUCCUUCUUAAAGCUUUCUUUAUCUA